AUGAAGCUGCUGCUCACGUUUUCAGUCCUCCUCGCCUUGGCACUGUCAUCGACAGUGGCGAUCGCUGUGGAUCGGGUGGACGGUAUCAGAAACACCCUCGCUGCCCGUGGUAGUGAGUCACCAAAGAGGACCUCGUAUGCGGUCUUACAAGAAAGGACACGAGAGGAGCUGACCGUGCAAAGUCGCCUCGAACUUUCUGCAGUGAGCGCGACCGCCGACUGCGCUGGAUCGAGCGGCCCCAUCGAAUGUUCGGUGCCCAAGAACCUCACUCUGGACGGUGGGUGGACAUUCCAAUACGCUGCAAAGUUGUUUAUGGGAAGCAACGAUUGACUGACUACGGCGCGGAACAAAAUUAGAUACCUAUCGAAAGUUCGUGACGGCUCGCGAGCUGCAAGCACGCCUCCCUCGGAAGAGCGGCUUGUUCUCAAAAUCGCCGUUUGAAAGUUCGGCUGAGGAAAUGCUCGUGUUGUACGCGUUAAUCAAGCAAGGCGUGAUUGGGGACCUCAAUAUCGAGAAACCGGGAUACUUCGACUUGGCUGGCAAAGCCAAAUACACCGCAUGGAAGCGACUGGAAGGAAUGCCCUGCGACGAGGCGAGGAUACAGUAUGUUGCGCUUUUCUUGCGGAUUUUGAGGGAUUCCGAUGAAGAAUUGGGACGAGAAGACAUUGCGCUUAUUCUGGCGGCGUAA